CACCAAACUAUGUAAUGCUGCAACACCAAUACGGUAAUGUGCCACCCUAUUAUGCACCUCAUCAACCGUAUGGUCCGUAUCCCCAACAACGUGCUAUCCCUCAAUAUGAGAAUCGACGAUCAGGGUGUCAUUGCUGCCUCAGGUUUAUCUGUUGUGUCUAUUGUCUUCUCUUUCUGUUGAUAUUUUUCAUGGCAUUAGGCCUUGUUUUGACCUACACUUUUUACAAGCCGAAAAUUCCCAUUUACAAAUUAGAAGAUUUUAGUGUUACAAGCUUUAAUGUACAGCCUGACAUGAGCAUAGGUACACAUUUUAUGAUUACUGUUAGAGCAGAAAAUCCCAACACAAGAAUUGGCUUCAUUUACGGGAAAGACAGUACAAUCACGGUCUCUUUUGAGGGUUCUGUUUUAUGCAGUGGUAAGAUGCCUGCAUUCCAUCAAGGACAUGAGAACGUGACAAUGAUCAAUAUCCCAUUAGCAGGGAAUGCCGUGUUUGGGUCUGAACUUCAUAAGGUUCUUACUGAUGACCAACAUCAGGGAAGGAUUCCAUUGAUCGUUCAGGUUAAAGUUCCUGUUACUGUCGUUAUGGAUACGAUCCCAUUAAGACAGUUCGAGUUUCAUGUAAGUUGUCAUGUCACAGUUGAUGAUUUGAAGCCUGAUAAGAAGCCCAAAAUCCUGUCGACUACAUACACAUUUGGGAUCGGAAUAUGAUUAGUCCUUUUUUGGCAAAGAUUUUGUUCAACAAUGACGAUGCUAUAUUAUUUUUUUUUGUUAUUAUUUUGGUGAUCAGCAAUGCUAUAUUUAGAGUACGUGAUUUGAUAUGGAUUGACACAAUUCUUUGCAACUCCCU